AUGGACUCUCUCUACGCGCUCCAGAACUACAUCAACACUUUCUCCUUCCAUGAGCUCGGUGCGGCGAACAGCUUCUACGUCCCCCUCACCGGCACGUUCAUCUACCUCGCGGUAAUUUUCGGCCUGAGGCAAGUCGUGCAGCGACCGAUGAAGCUCCACCUCGUGACUGCCAUUCACAACCUCUUCCUCUGCCUGCUCAGCUUGGCGAUGGCGGUGGGUAUCAUCUACAACCUGAUCCCCAUCUACCAGUCCAGCGACCUGCUCACGGCCUACUGCGGCAAGGCCGGACCGAUCGAGCCCGGCUCCAUCGUGCACGAUCGCGGAGCGAUGAACUUCUGGUGCGCCGUCUUCUACUUCUCCAAGUACUACGAGAUGCUGGACACCGUCCUCCUCGUCCUCAAGAAGCGCCCGCUCACCCUCGUCCACGUCUACCACCACUUCAUCGUGCCCUACCUCUUCUGGGGCUUCCUCCACACCGAGACUUCCGGCCAGUGGUCCCUCGCUGCCGCCAACAGCCUCGUCCACGUCUUCAUGUACUACUACUACAUGAUCACCACCCUCGGCUACACCGUCUGGUGGAAGCAGUACCUCACGAUGAUGCAGAUCGUCCAGUUCUUCUUCGAUCUCUUCGUCACCUGGCCCCACCUCCUCUUCCUCCGGGCCUUCAACAUCCACGAGUGCCGCGGCUCGAUGAACACCGUCUACUUCGGCCAGACCGUCGGCAUCUCCUUCGUCUACCUCUUCACCGAGUUCUACGUCAAGUCCUACGGCAUCGCCGAGGCUGCCAAGAUUAAGGCCGCCACCGAGGAGGCCGCGAGCAGGAAGAGGAAGGAGGCCUGA